UCAUUGUUUGCUCUUCUUUCCCCUCUAAGUAAGCUACAUACACUACUUGCAGGUGACGUGUGAAAUUCGAUUUUUUUGAUUGAAAAGCCGAUUCUGAACGAGGGGUAUUGUUAAAGUGUUUUUUUUUGGGUGGAAAGCUCUCAGUUUUUUUUUUUCCUAAAAAGAUAUUACAUUAAUAACCAUGUCAGAAGGAAAGGCAACUCAACAAGACAUGAAAAAGUCUCGGAUUCCUUUUGAGUACCGUGAUUACUGUGCUCAACUUUUAAUUCCUCUCAACAAAUGCAGAGGUGAGACAUUUUACCUUCCCUGGAAGUGUGAGACCGAACGCCACGCAUACGAAAAGUGUCAAUAUGAUGAUUUCAAGCGUCGUAUGAAGGAACAACAAGCAGCAAAGGCAGAAGAAGAAGAUUAAACAAAUCUAUACAUACACACACAAACAAUAAAGACCUAAACA